AUGUGCAUCACCGAUCCCGCUAUUCCCUUCGGCUCCAUUGUUGUUGUCAUUGGAGCUAAUGGUUACAUGGGAGUUGAAACUUGCGAAAAGCUUCUCCAGGCAGGUUUCUAUGUCCGAGGAACUGUUAGAGAUGUCGAGAAACAUGACCCAUGGAUGCACAAAUUGUUCGACGAAAGCUGGCCAGCGUUUCGAGGAGCACAAGGAGUGACCUACGUUUCGACCCCAAUCAUAUUUGACCCUGACCCUGUCAAGGUCAUAAACCCUGUGAUCAAGGGGACUAUUAAUACCCUUGAAGAAGCAGCUCCUGCAGGAGUCAAGCGCUACGUUCUCAGCUCAAGCUCAAGGGCUGUCGAAUCCACUGUUUAUGAUCAACCGCAUCACCUUAGCUCCAACAUGUUCAACUAUGAAGCUGUUAGUAAGGCAUGUUGUGAGCCAUCGAUCGACGGGUUCGAUAGAUGCUUGACUGUUUACAGUGCCGGUCGAACCCUUGCAGAGCUGGCCUUUUGGUCAUGGGUUGGGAAAAACCAACCUUCAUUUGUUGCCAACUGCGUCGUACCCGACGGUCAGUUUGGACGGGUACUGGAUGUCGAGCAUAUUUCAUCCACUUUUGGAAUGUUGAAGAGCACUAUCAAGGGUGACUGGGAUAAGGUGGUGGGAGACCUAGCAUAUUUCACGGACGUUCAGGACAGCGCAAGACUUCUUGUAGCUGCAGUCGCUUUUCCUUCAGUGGAAAACGAGCGCAUCUUUGCCUACCGUCACAACUCCACGUGGAACGGGCUGCGACACAAGAUUCAGACGCUUUUCCCUGAGAAAGAGGGACUUGUGACGGGGCAAGAUCAAGAGUCGAGUGGAAGGGACUUGUCAAAUGCGGACCAGCUUAUCAAGCGUGCCGAGGAGAUCCUGAAAGAGAUCGGUCGACCAGGUUUUGCUACUGAAGAGGAUAUCCUGCCUGAUUUUGUAGGUUGUCUAUGA